AUGGCGUCCAUCGCUGGCAUUGCCAUGCCACCGAACAGGAAGUAUGAUGGAAUAGACAUCACCGAUGUUCUGUUUAAAAAGAAAAACAUUUACGAUAGAACACUGUUUCAUCCCGACGGCCAGGCCUCCGGACCGAAUGGUAAAUUGGAUGCUGUUCGCCUCGGCGACUACAAAGCCAUAUUUCAAACAGGUGGGGAGCCCUCUUGUGGUGGCAUAGUUGGGCCUAAGUACAGACAUGAUCCCCCACUGAUAUUUAAUCUUCGGAAAGAUGUAGCUGAAAGUAAACCUCUACCUAUGAGGUCAGAGGAAUAUGAAACCAUUCACACUGCUGUGCUAAACGCUCUAGAAUUCAUAAUGGACGACAUCCGUAAAGACAAUACGAGUGUGGCGAACUACGUCACUGAUCCGUCAGCUGCUCCGUGUUGCAAUCGUAAACACGUGUCUUGUAGGUGCAAGGAUUAG